AGGAGAGGGAACUGUACUCGGGCACACUUUGGUGUGUUUUUGUGACAAUAUUUGAAGCAGGUUUUUGGUGCAACAGAGGGUAACUGUUUGUGCAACUUUUUCUCCAGCCCCGUGAUAUCCACUUCCUCCACCUUACCAACGCACGCAAGACACCCUGAGGUGACUGUCGGGCAGACAUGCUGUAGAAGCGUCUCUACAAAGUGGAAGACAGAAGUUUUUGCGGUGCAUUGCGCAUGAGUGGGACCAUGCAAGGACAACACAACAGAGGACUGAAGGAUCUGAGGCUGCUGCUCCUGUGCCUCUCCUUGGCCAUCCUCGCUUCAGGAGUCAACGCAGGUGGGAAGAAGCACAGCGGCCCCUGUGAAGGAAGAGACUGCAGCGGAGGCUGUAAAUGUUUCCCAGAGAAGGGUGGCAGGGGUCACCCUGGACUUGUUGGUGCUCAGGGCCCCCAGGGGCCUUCAGGGAGACCAGGUGAUCAUGGCAUCGAAGGACCAAAGGGGCAGAAAGGUGACCUCGGCCGUGGUGGCUUCAUGGGUCCUAAAGGAAAUGUGGGAAUGACCGGCGUUCCCGGGUUUUCUGGAAGCGAUGGCAUUCCUGGCCACCCAGGACAAGCUGGGUCCAGGGGGAAGCCAGGGGCAGACGGCUGUAACGGGACACAUGGAGAAUCAGGGUUUCCGGGGCAACCUGGCUAUAAUGGCGCACCUGGUUUUCCUGGACAACCAGGUUGGAAGGGACAGAAGGGAGACACUCUGAAGCUGAGUGUGUACAUGGAGCGCUUCAGGGGAGAUCCAGGCACACCAGGGGUCAACGGAAUAUAUGGGCCUCCAGGAAAACCAGGAUGGCAGGGUAAGAGAGGCUUCCCAGGACCAAAGGGUCCCCCAGGGCCUCCAGGUCCCCGUGGACCAAAGGGCUCUAUGACCAAAGUGCUGAAGGGGCUCAGAGGAGACCAAGGGGACAUCGGACCGCCAGGGCCACAAGGAAACUCUACUCAUCAGCAAAUUAAGCCCCCCUUUGGACCCUCGGGUCCUCGUGGAGAGAAAGGUCUGAAAGGAGAAAUUGGAGAACCGGCUGACAACAGAGGAGAAACUGGUGUGAUGGGAUUCCCUGGAUCACGGGGUUUUCCUGGUGUAGAUGGGCGUCUCGGACAAAGGGGGGAUUAUGGCGAAAUAGGACCAAAAGGCAGAGAUGGUUAUAAGGGAGUCAGGGGUGACCCAGGAGAACUGAUUUCAGGAUCAGGAUCCAUAUGGCCCGGGUCCACAUCAGCUGGUACUCCCGGUCCUCCUGGUGAGCAGGGUCCACACGGAGAGAGGGGCUCCGUUGGAGACCAAGGCUUCCCAGGAUUCCCAGGACGCCCCGCAUCUGAAUCACAACAACUAGUGUUGGAUUUCAUGGGGCCAUUUGGUAUAAAGGGGGAGCCAGGAGAGAAGGGCCGACAAGGGGAACGAGGACGCCCUGCUGACAGUGCAGGACCCCCGGGCAUCAGCGGGCGCCCGGGGGGCAGGGGCCCUCCCGGACCCAAAGGAUCAUGGGCUGAGUUCUUCAAGGGCGCUCCUGGUGGGAGAGGAAGGCCCGGCAAUGCGGGCUAUAAAGGAGUGAAAGGUGAUCACGGGGUGUGUGAAUGCACCAUCAUAAACUCUCCAGCGGGGCUUCCUGGCCCUGCCGGUGAACGCGGUGAUGCUGGAAUGGCUGGAGAGUUUGGCCAGGAGGGUGACGUAGGAGAGCCAGGUCCCCUUGGAGACGACGGAUUCCCUGGAACUCCUGGGCUCAGCGGUGAGCCAGGCCAAAAAGGUCGAAAAGGGGAGGCGAGUGUGGCCUCACAGAAAGGAUAUUCUGGAGACCCAGGGGUUCCUGGGCGAGAUGGUGAGUCAGGAACGUUGGGUGUUCCAGGCCGAAAUGGUUUGCCUGGUGUCCCUGGGAGCCGAGGUCUGCCAGGAGAAGGUCCUAGAGGAGAACCCGGAGACAAAGGUUUCACAGGUCGGCCCGGUCGGCCUGGUCCAGCCGGGUUAAGUGGGAUAGACGGUACAGUCCUUGGGGGGAACAAAGGCGAACGUGGUCUGCCUGGUGACGACGGCAUCGCGGGCUAUCAUGGAGUUCAAGGAACACCUGGCAUCCCAGGCGGCUGUAGUCCAACAGGAGAUGGAGGACAGGUGGAUGUAACAGGUACUCCUUGCGAUGCUGUUCCAGGACCUCCUGGGCUGCCUGGACCUCCAGGACCCAAUGGAUUACCAGGUUUCCCAGGUCCUCAGGGCCAAAAAGGACCACAGGGUCCAUUAGGAGCACUCGGAGACAAAGGAGAAACAGGAGAUCAAGGCAUAGGUGGCCGUACUGGACCACCAGGUUUUGCCGGCCCCCGUGGUGACUUGGGGGUUCCUGGCAGCCAAGGUUCAGUAGGAGCCCCUGGGGCGCCCGGUGUGCCCGGCCGGUACGGGCCACAAGGUCAGAAGGGUGUUCACGGACAGAUCAUUGGAGCAUCGUCAGGACCCCCCGGUGACCCAGGGCUGCCUGGGCUUCAAGGGAAUAAAGGCCAGACCGGUGAUCCAGGAGAGCUAGGCUAUUCAGGGAUGACCGGCAUGCCUGGUAUGAUCGGCUACAAGGGUGAGAGUGGCCCUCUAGGUCCACAGGGGGAGGAGGGGAGACCCGGGCCAGCGGGCAAGUAUGGUUACCCUGGUGAUCCCGGACAAGCAGGUUCACCUGGACCGCGUGGGGGUUUUGGACAGCCAGGUUUCACUGGAGAGAGGGGAACUGAAGGAGACCCGGGCCCCCCAGGUCCAAUAGGAUUAAAAGGCAUCCCAGGGACGUACGGUAAUGAUGGUGCUGUUGGAGAAUAUGGCCCAUCAGGUGAACUGGGACAGCCGGGUGCAGAUGGACGCCCAGGUCUUUCAGGAAUGAAGGGAUACAAAGGGUCUCCUGGCAUGCCAGGUUUCGAGGGGACCAGGGGUAAUCAAGGGGUGAAAGGUUUCAGCGGGUACAGUGGAGAAUUUGGAGUGCCAGGCCAAGUUGGCGUAAAAGGACUGUCGGGUCAAAGUGGAUUGAAAGGUGAACGUGGUUUGAGAGGGGCACCCGGGGAAAAGCCUCACAUCAACCCCCAGGAAAUAAUUGUCAUGAAGGGAGACAAGGGAGACUAUGGAGCAUAUGGAAAUCAAGGUUUCACCGGACCGAGAGGUAUUAAGGGUAUGCCCGGUGUGCCGGGCUCCGGGGGAGGUCAUGGGCUUCCUGGAGACCUCAGCAAUGAGAAAGGUUCCCGUGGAGAUCCGGGUGCAGAGGGGCUGCAAGGGAUAAAAGGGAUGCCAGGCAUAACUGGAAAUCGAGGAAUUACUGGUUUUGAGGGAAUGUCAGGCAACAGGGGAAUCAAAGGAAGUCCUGGUGCCUACGGAGCAUCAGGAGACAAAGGAAGGAGGGGGGGCAAAGGUGAGAAAGGCCCGCGCAUAGACCUUCCAGGAACCACCGGAUCGAGGGGAGAGCAUGGUUUUCCAGGAGAACCAGGCCAGAAAGGAUUACUUGGACAAACAGGGGACAGGGGUACACCUGGUUUUGAUGGAAUCGGAGGGAAAAGGGGAGAGCCAGGUGAUCCAGGAAUAGUAGGGUACCCAGGCUCUGAGGGGCAGAAGGGAACUCCUGGUAACCAAGGUCAAAAAGGCUUUCCUGGAUCUGCUGGAAAAGAUGGACAUCCGGGUUUUCCUGGCUUCGCAGGAAACAGAGGUUUCGCUGGCCCGAAGGGUCUUUAUGGAUUACAUGGACUGAAAGGACAGAAGGGUAUCCCCGGAACACCAGGUCUUGAUACCAUUGGACCAGCUGGGGAAUCAGGACCCAAAGGAGAGAAGGGAGAAGGCGGUGUCCCCAACAACCAGCCAGGUUUUCCUGGCACAGCGGGUUUGAAAGGCUUCCAGGGACCUCUAGGAGAUCGUGGUCAACCUGGACUGCCAGGAUUCCGCGGUCCUGCAGGACCAGACGGUCCCCCAGCCAGACCAGGAUUCAGCGGGGACCUUGGCUCUAUAGGACCUAAAGGGUACCAAGGUUUCCCUGGACCCCAAGGAUUUCCUGGUGUGGAUGCUCCCCCUGGAGACAAGGGCGUACUAGGAAUAAAUGGGUUUCCUGGAUUCCCUGGCGCAAAAGGAUUCAAAGGAGAUCAAGGUUCAUUUGGAUACAGGGGGCCAAAUGGUGUUUCUGGGAAGAAAGGAGUGAAAGGAGAUCAAGGAGUGAUGGGAAUUCCUGGUGUUAUUGGAGUGAAGGGUGAAAGAGGGCCAUCUGGUCCAAAAGGAAACACUGGACCUACAGGUUCUCGUGGGAUCCCAGGAAACCAGGGUCCUCUUCCAAUUCCCAUCAGAAUUCCAGGAGAUAGGGGCUCUACAGGACCGCGGGGUAUCCAAGGACCAAAGGGGUACAAGGGAGAAGUAGGGCCACAGGGCCCCCCUGGAGAUACAGGUUUCAUGGGACCCAAUGGGCACAAGGGCAUGCCUGGGAUUGGGGGAACACCAGGAAUACCUGGAUUUCGUGGGGAAUCUGGAUAUAUGGGCCACCCCGGGAUGCAAGGCAUGGAAGGUAACCAUGGCAACCCUGGUAUCCCCGGGUUACCUGGUAUACCGGGCCGCAGCGUCAGCGUGGGUUACUUGCUGGUGAAACACAGUCAAACAGAACAGACGCCCAUGUGUCCUGUGGGUAUGUCUAAACUGUGGGACGGCUACAGUCUGCUGUACCUCGAGGGCCAGGAAAAGGCCCACAACCAGGAUCUUGGUCUGGCUGGCUCCUGCCUCCCAAAGUUCAACAGCAUGCCCUUCCUGUACUGCAAUCCUGGAGACAUCUGUUACUAUGCCAGCAGAAAUGAUAAGUCUUACUGGCUGUCGACGACUGCUCCUCUUCCCAUGAUGCCUGUAGAAGAGGGAGAGAUCAAACCGUACAUCAGCCGCUGCUCAGUAUGCGAAGCUCCAUCAGUUGCCAUCGCAAUCCACAGCCAGGACAUCACCAUCCCCCAGUGUCCUGCAGGCUGGCGCAGCCUGUGGAUCGGCUACUCCUUCCUCAUGCACACAGCAGCAGGAAAUGAAGGCGGAGGUCAGUCCUUGUCAUCGCCUGGCUCCUGCCUGGAGGACUUCCGCACAACACCAUUCAUUGAGUGUAACGGGGGCAAAGGCACAUGCCACUACUUUGCUAACAAACACAGCUUCUGGCUAACCUCCAUAGAUCAGUCGUUCCACACUGCGCCGGCAUCAGAGACGCUCAAAGCAGGCCAGCUCCUGUCACGCAUAAGCCGCUGCCAGGUCUGCAUGAAGAACUUGUGAGGGCCUCGAAAGCAACGCUAAGAAGUUGUUGCAUUGACAGUGGUCUGGUGUCAUCUCUUCAUCCAUGUACUAAACCAAACAAAAGGGGGAUCUGAAAUGCUGAUUUAGAUCAAUGUAAAACUUUCUCCCCGAACCACAGAGCUCAUCUAUGCAAUGACUAUGAUGCCUUGAGUGAAAUGUCCCACUGUAGAUAAAACAAGAGAAGCCCCAUAAUGAAGUCAACAGCAUUAUGGGAAAACAAGUAUUUUUGUGUUAAAUGUGGAUUGGUGCUUACUGUUUUAACUUAUUACCUCAGCUACGAUGACAUAUUGUUAACGAUGAGAGACCGUACACUACAGCUGAACCAAAGACGCCCAUAUGUGUGCACUGCUUCAGUUUAUCCAGAUGUUUUUAUUGUUUAGGGUAUACAGCCCACCAUAAAGCCACUAACACUGCUACUCAGCCAACUGAAGCAUGUGUCUUGAACAAUCGUUGGUUGAUCCUAUCGACAGUAUUAUCCUGCUUUUAUUCCAUUGCUCUUACAAAACCUAUUUUUAUAAUGCAACAGUCUUUUCAAACUGUUCAUCCAUUUUAUGCUUUUAUCAACUAUUGCGAAAUUGUCCGUGACUCUUCCUUUUUUCAUACAGCAUACCUUCACGCAAUGCACUGAUUCUCUUUGUAUUUAUGCCAGCUGAAUGAACUUGACCCCCUUCCCUAAGAGUUUAAACAUAUAUCUUAUCUAAUACUACUCAUGUCACAAUCAUUUUCCUUUACAGAUCUACUAAUUAUUGAACUGCACCACAGGACAGAAUGUAAACAGCUCGGAUCAAAGGUCUGGCUUUUUGCAAAUCCAUGCUGUGGUCACUGAUCCUGCGUUAGUAAUUUACACAAUUUAGAAAGUAGGUCAAAUGUUCUGCUUUGCUUAGAUUCGCUCAUUUGGAAAUCAACAGUUUAAUUAGACCCGGAACAUACUGACAUUAACUGUAAUGUGUAAUUUUCAUAACAUGAUUAUUUCAUUGAAUUGCAAAGAUUAAAUGUUGUUUGUUAUACUUGU